GCUCACUGAUUGUCUUCAUGAUGACCAUCAUCUCUCUGCUCCUGCUGGCCUCUCUGCUUCCACACCUGACCUUCACCGCUCGUGUGAAGGUGGGGAUAGUGAACGGCACAGAAGCAAAACCCCACUCCAGACCUUACAUGGUUUCUCUUCAGAAGGACAAGACGCAUAUCUGUGGUGGAUUCCUCAUCUCUGAUGAGUUUGUCUUGACGGCUGCGCACUGCUGGAACGGAAAUGAGAUUCUGACAGUUGUGGUUGGCGCUCAUGACUUGAAGAAAAGUGCGAGUUCUGAUCACAUCGCAGUGAAGAACUACAUCCCACACGAGAACUCUGAUCAGAAUGACAUUAUGCUUUUAGAGCUACAGGAAAAACUCAACCUGAACAACUACGUUAAAUCGAUACCAUUAACAAAGGAUGGAGAAGACGUAGAGGCAGAUACUAUCUGUAGCGUUGCCGGCUGGGGACAGCAGAAUAACGGCCAAAAAAGCAAUCGUCUAAUGGAGGCAGGCGUGUACAUAUUGGAUAACACAGAAUGUGAAAAAAAAUGGAGACCGGUCUACUCAGUCUCAAAGAUGCUGUGCACACGCGGCCAUGGUGGAUCCUGCCUUUACGACUCAGGAGGUCCUUUGGUUUGUGGAGACACUGCAGUUGGCAUCACAGCUUUUGGAUACAGAGAGAAGUGCAAUUCACCUCUAUAUCCUAAUGUCUAUACGAAGAUUUCACCCCAUCUUCAAUGGAUCAAUAGCAAUAUAAAGCAAGUUAAGUUCUUGAAAUCUUCUGUGUAAGCUCUUUCAAUAAAUGUAUCAUCUGGAAAU